GCCCAGUUCCUAAAACAAUAACAUUAGUAAUUAAAAAAAAUGAAGAAUCAUUAAUUAGAAUUCUUAAAGUAUUAAGCACUGGAAACAUGACAAUAAACGCUUUCAAUAUAAAACAAAAACACUGUAUUAAUAUUUCGAUAUAUUUUUGUUUGUAAAGCGUUGGCAGAUAAAUGUAUGUUAGAAUAUGCGAAAAUGGAAUUUGAAAAUAGGGAAGGGAACAAUAAUGUUAUACGUAUUUCCACGAUAUCGAGGUAUGUACGUAUUAUCGCUUUCUCCCUCGCACGUUGUAACAUCCAGAUUAGAUAAAGAGGGCUUGGCGGCGGUGGAGAGCAUCGCACCGCGGCUUUUAUUUCGUUUAGUUCCACCUGCAAAGUGCGCGACAAUUUUUAAUCAUCAGCGUGAGAGAUUCACGUAGAAAAUCGCAAACAUGGUGUCGAUGGAAACUGUUGCGAGUAUAGUGCUAAAGAUUAUUAAAUUGGUGAUCAAUCUUAUAAUCCUGAUCCUGUAUCGAACAGGAUACAAGGGUGAGUUCCUUGGUGUGGGAGGGACAUGGAAUUUGAACGAGGAGAAAAAUCCGGACGCGGAAAUCGUUGCCUCUGGAGUGUUGGUCGGCUUUUUCAUUUACACUAGCGUGGUACUCAUCACUUACUGCUUCGGCAGCACGUACCAUAAAAGAACGCUCGUUGAAAUUAUCAUGAAUUUCGUUGGAAUGUUCAUGUUCAUUGCUGUGGGCGGCACGGCGCUUCAUUAUUGGCACGGCUAUCAACCCGAGAGUAAAAUGGACACGAUUGUAUCAGAACGACAGGUUGGUCUGGCCGUUGGAUCGCUAUGCGUCAUCGAGGGCGCAGCAUACCUCGUCGAUUUGGUCCUAAGUUUUCUGCAUUUUGCGAAAACAUUGGAAUAAACAUCGUAUAGCGUUUAGGAUCAUUGUCUCAUCACCCGUUCAAGGGAAUCGCGAUGAAAAUCUGAUAUUCGAUUUUCUCAAUCGAUUCUCCAUACAAUCUCUCAAUUAUCGUUCUAAUAGAGCAAUUCAAAUUUUCACGAGCACGAUACGUAAACAUUUGAUUUCGAUAAUAUAAGAUAUAUUUAAUUUUUUUAUAUAUGUAUAUAAUGAUAUACAAUAUACAUGAUGAAUA